AUGGAAGCACAUGCUUUGUCUUUAUGGAAAUCCAAUGUAUUGUUUACAAUAGGUGAUCGGCACCAAAACAAGCUGUUCUAUCAGGUCACCAUCAAAUCGGUGGUUCAAGUCAAUGCAUUUACAGAGCAACCACUGCAGCUCUACAUUGAAGAAUUCCAAUCACCUUAUUUAGUGCAUACAAAGCGACACUAUGAAGUAGAAGCCGCUCGUAAAAUAGCAGCCAGUAGUAUCAGUCAUUUUAUGCAGAAAGCAAAUGAACGUCUUCAACAAGAAAACAUGCGUACUAACCACUAUUGCCAUUCGACAUCACAUUCUCGCAUUGUCAAAAGUUUAUUAAGACAUUCUCGUAUCGCUUCAUACGAUCGUGCUUUACCUCAAGUCUAUACAACACCCAAGCAACACAAAAAGAUUGGCGAUUGGGGUCUAAAGCGCAACUUACCCACUGUAAUUCGAACCAACCAUGUCACUAUUGGUGCAUUAGAUACAGCAGAACACCAAACACCUUGGGAAUCAGGUGCUGGCAAAGUCUUGUUUAUUAAACGAUGGAAGGAAAACUUUCCUAAUUCUCGUAAACCCCAACCUCGAUCUGAAGAGAUCCAAUACAAUGCAGCCAAUAUGACCCCUGCUGAAUUCCAACGCUUGUUACGUGAAGCAGCCAAGAAAGGACCCGAGUUCCAGACAGCACUGGCUAAGAAACAAGUGGUACCUGAACAAGUGUUUGAUUACCUCCAUGUCAACUUUUCAGAAACCACCACACCUCAUGGUGGUGGUGUUGUGGGUCCUACUUACUCUGAUUAUCAUAUUGGAUGGGAUUAUCCUGUACAAGGUCGUAUUUUGAACAGAAGCCGUAUGGAUGGUCAUGCUGCUGGUAUUGGUGGUGUGGUGGCCAUGUUGAGAAAGCGAGAUGCUAUUGGUUUGAAGGGUGCUUAUGAUAGAGGCACUCGUAUUUUCUAUGUCAAUAAAGCAGAAAUGGAUGAACAAGGCAAGCCUCGUGUUGAAGUGACAGUCAAGUCAAAGGAAGCCAAUGCUGUUCCUAUCUUGAAUGAUCAUUUUGAUGAUUAUCACUUUAGAUUUGGUAACCAAGACAUGACAGUGGCUGAAAUGAUGAACAGUUCAACAAAGCCUCGUCGUGUACAAGCCAAUACAGAUACAGAUGACAAUGUCAAGCCUAAUCCUGACCAUACAAACCUGAUGUCUCGUAUCUCUCAAUUAUUGAAUGACAAAAAAGACACCGCAUAAAAUAGAUUUUUUUUUUUUAUUAUUACUAAGUGAAUGGAGAUGAAUGAAUGACAAAAAUAAAAUAAAAUAAAAACAAAUGGCAUAAAUGUUAAAUGUGUGUGUGUGUGUGUGUGUGUGUAUGCGUAUGCAAAGAAAGGGAAAAGGUAUAAUGAAAUGCAAAAAAAGUAGACUUAAAGAACAGAAAC